UCGAUUGCAGGUAUAAUAUUAUUCAUAGUCAACAUGGCCGAGAAAAAGCCAGCAACGAUGAUUGUUGGGCCUCGUGAUUCAAGUUCGGAAAGUGAAGUCAUAAUUGAGAGUGAUACUUCGUUGGCACCAGUAAUUAUAGAAGAAUUGGAUCAAAAUGCCAUAACAUGGAUGGAUGUCGACAUGACUGAGUUUGUUGAGGCUGAAGCACUGGAAAUUCAGGAAAUAGGAGAUGAUAAUAAUGUGAUAAAUCCAGAGCAGAAGAAUGAGACGGUAACUUCUAAAGAGAAUUUGAAUCCCGAAUCUACCGACGACCCAGAAGAAUCUGAUAGGUUUCAUGUAGAUGAGGAGGACCGCUUGACAAAGCAAUUCUUAAACGGGGAACUAACAUUUUCUGAAUAUUCCUUGAGAAUGGAUGAAGGAAUCGAAACAGAAACUCCUGAUAUUGAAUCUAACAGGCGGGCUUUUGAAAAUGAGCUUGUCGCGAGUAAAAAAAUUGGACAAAAAAAAGCUCAGAAAACAUUAAAUACAUCGCAACAAAAACCAAACCGUAGAAAAAAGCGAACUUUACCAACCGCUUUACAAGGUCUGAUGGGAGAAGCUAAUUUGAGAUUUGCUAGAGGCGAGGUAUCCCUUGCUUCGCAAAUGUGUAUGGAAAUAAUUAGACAAGUCCCUAGUGCGCCAGAACCAUUUCAUACAUUGGCAAUGAUUUACGAAAAUGAUCAACCAGAAAAAUCGUUACAAUUUGCACUGAUUGCCGCUCAUUUGAGCCCAAGAGAUGCCGACCAGUGGAUUAAACUAGCCACAUUAUCGCUGGAGUCCGGGAACAUAAGACAAACGAUAACAUGUUUUACCAAAGCUAUACAAGCCAGUCCUAAGGACAUAAGUUUAUACAAGCAACGCGCAAAGCUGCAAAAUCAAAUUGGAGACAAAAAAGGAGCCUUGAAAGGCUACAUGAAGCUGCUGCAUCAUUUAGGACCAGAAGAUGGGGCGAAUAUUCUAGCGUAUGCAAAGAGUUUGGCAAAACAUUUUAUGCAAGAGAACAAUAACGAACAGGCUUUGGAAGCCAUGGAUCAACUUUUCACCAAAUGUCCUGACCUCAUCACCCUCGAGGAGGUAAAUGUGAUGACGGAAUUGUUAAUCGCACUGAAACAAUUCCACAAAUGCUUAGAUAUAUUAACAAGAUAUACAAGCAUUAAAAUCACCUACAAAGACUCGCGCUCAAUAAUUAAAGAUGAAGGGGAUGUAACGGAGGAGAAUCCCAUUAUUGAAUCGUGUGAAUUACCGAAUGACGUUGUAAUGGACUUGAAGGCUAAGUUCCUGAUAACCCUCGUUGAAUUGAACGAAACUAAAUGGACUGAUGCCUUCUUACCAAGAUUUCUCACUGAAGUAGAUCCGGAAGUUUCAGGUGAUUUGUUUUUAGAUGUAGCCGAAGCAUUGAUGGGUAAAAAGAAAUUCCGAAAAGCGCUACAGCUAUUAGAACCCUUGAUCGAGAGUAAAAACUUCAGUUUAGCAGCAGUUUGGCUGAGGCAUGCAGAGUGUUGGGUAGGAUGCAAAGAUUUGAAGCGAGCUGUAAAUUCUUAUGAGAUGGUGAGACAGCUGUCGCCUCAACAUUUGGGGGCGAGACUUGAACUUGCCAAGCUUUACAAACUUAGGGGACAGUUCAACAAAGCUAUAGAAGUAUUGAAACAAGAUCCAGAAACAGAUCUGUUAGAUCCUGGAGUGGUUUACCAAAGAACUGUACUACUCCUAAAAGUGAAACGCUACAAUGAAUAUUUUCAAUCUGGAAUGCUUCUACUUUCAAGACAUUGCGUCUCUUUGAGGUCGAAAGCAGAGUUAAUAACAUUGACCAAAGCUACAGGAGUAAAACAACGCCUUGAUGCCCUCCAACUUUAUCGCAUGUCUCGCGGGGAAACUUUUGAGGAUGAAAAUGCUCCGUGCUUCACAGUGGAGAAUCAACCGAGUCUGAGGAAUGAAUUCUCAUUAUUUUUACAGAUGUGCCAACUGGCGUGCAAAAAAAAAAGAUACGGUUUGUUCCAAAGAUUGGCUUUUGGUGCAAUGACGUCAAAAAGAUUUGAAAAAAAGAGUUCUCACAUCACAUUUCUAUGUUUAAUCUCUUGCAUACACAAUAACGAUUCGUAUCACGGAUACAACAUAGUUAGAGAAUUGGUCCGAGUUUGCAGAAGAUCAAAUUCAUGGAAUCUGAUGAAUAUCAUUAUCCAAAGGGCAGAGGAUUGCAGACACAAUAGGUUUAUCAUGAGGCUACUCGGAAGGGUGGAAGCUUUUUCAUACUUGCAUGUUCUGCAUGCCAACAACUGUCUAGUCUCCGGAACAUACAAGUAUGCUCUCAACGAUUAUGUGUCUUUGUUUAAAGUCGGGCCCAGUGCGCUCCUGGCUUUAUUGAUCGCUGUUACACUUUUGCAAAUGGCUUGUCAAAGGUUCUCCGUUAAAAAGAAUCAACUCGUUAUACAAGCUAUUGCAUUUCUGACGAAAUAUACACAGAUGAGAGGCAAAGGCGGUGAACAGGAAACUAGCUACAAUACAGCUCGAGCUUUUCAUCAACUCGGUCUUUUGCCGGCUGCCGUUCACCAUUACAAACUUGUUUUGGAAUCAACUCCGUCCAGUCUCGUUUCCCAAAUGCCGCAUCUUUUGGACCUGAAACGAGAGGCUGCUUUCAACCUUCAUCUUAUUUAUACUAACUCAGAAAACGAGGAUAUGGCCAGAAUGUACCUGGAGGAUUAUAUUACUGUGUGAAAUAUCUAUUGUGCGUUAACUUAUUUCUAAAAAUGUGAUAAGAAAUAAAGAAGAAAAUACAUGAACAAUCAAAG